AUGAAGAUAUUGAAAACAACUUUGACUACAAAAGAAGCAGACAAGAUCAUAGAAGAUCUAAUACCAAGUCCUAUUGCUGCAGAAGGUGAUCUGAAUGCUCUCAAUAGGAAGUUAGCGGAAUCGAGUUUCAGAACAAAAUUUGAUAACAAGCCAGAGGAAUGUUCAGUGUGUUUUAAUGAUUAUGAUGACAAUCAGCUACGACCUCGCACACUGCCGUGCGGCCACACAUUCUGCUCCCAGUGUAUUGACAAUGCUAUCAAGAAUGGUCAGCUGACCUGCCCCAGCUGCCGUGCCGAGCACGCUGCCACAGCUGCAACUCAGUUCCCAAUUAGCUAUGCUGUGGAGGCUUUAGUUAGGAAACUCAAAAAUAUCCAGCUAACAACUCAGGAAGCAGUGCCAGCAAAACCUUAUGAAGGUCCCGCCAGAGGCAUCAAGACACAUAAAGAUGAGAGUUGA